CAACAAUUUCUUAUUUUUCCUUCCUAAUUUUUUCAAACUCUGUUCUUAGCAAUAUAGUUUUAAUUUUCUUGUUUUAGAUCUUAAUUAUAUUUCUUUAUCCUUAAUCUCUCAUCUUUGUUUUAUCUUUAAUCAAAACCCAAAAAUCUCACUUGGGUUCUUGAAAAGUGGCAAGAAAUAAAGAAAAAAAUAACAAGAAAACAAGAAAUGGUUUUAGAUAUGGAGACUACCGGAGAAGUUGUUAGAACAACCGCAACCACCGGUAACGGCGGCGGUGUUACGGUGGUUAGAUCCGACGCACCUUCAGAUUUUCACGUAGCUUCAAGAUCAGAAAGCUCAAACCAAUCUCCUCCCUCAGUCACUCCUCCUCCUCCACCGUCGUCUCAUCACACAGCUCCUCCUCCGCCGCAAAUAUCAACAACGGCGACGACUAUGACGACGGAGAUGGAAGGUAUCUCCGGUGGAACGAUGAAGAAGAAGCGUGGAAGGCCGAGAAAGUACGGACCUGACGGGACUGUUGUAGCGUUAUCUCCUAAACCAAUUUCAUCAGCGCCGGCGCCGUCGCAUCUUACGCCGCCGGGUUCACACGUCAUCGAUUUCUCCGCAUCUGAGAAACGUAGCAAAGUGAAACCAAACAACUCUUUUAACAGACCAAAGUAUCAUCAUCAAGUUGAGAGUUUGGGUGAAUGGGUUCCUUGUUCCGUCGUUGGUGGUAAUUUCACACCUCAUGUAAUCACAGUCAACACCGGCGAGGAUGUAACAAUGAAGAUAAUCUCGUUUUCGCAACAAGGGCCUCGUGCGAUAUGUGUUUUAUCAGCAAAUGGUGUUAUUUCAAGUGUUACACUUCGUCAGCCUGAUUCCUCUGGCGGUACAUUGACAUACGAAGGUCGGUUUGAGAUAUUAUCAUUGUCCGGUUCAUUCAUGCCUAAUGAUUCAGGUGGAACUCGGAGUAGAACAGGAGGAAUGAGUGUAUCGUUAGCAAGUCCCGAUGGUCGUGUAGUAGGCGGUGGUGUAGCUGGUUUACUAGUAGCCGCGAGUCCGGUUCAGGUGGUUGUAGGAAGUUUUAUAGCUGGCACGGACCAGCAAGAUCAGAAACCGAAGAAGAACAAACACGAUUUCAUGUUGUCGAGUCCGACCGCAGCGGUUCCUAUCUCUACUGCAGCUGAUCACCGAACAAUCCAUUCGGUAUCUUCUCUUCCGAUCAAUAAUAGUACAUGGCAGACUUCUUUAGCUUCUGAUGCAAGAAACAAGCCUUCGGAUAUUAACGUCAAUUUAACUUGAAACACAAUUCAAUCUUCCUCUGUAUUUUUCGGUUAUCAAGUUCGUUUCGGUUGGUUUGGUUUUUCCACAUUAGGGAAUGGUAGUGUUUUAGGGUUUUAGGGUGUCUUGUGUUGUUGGUUCCAUUGUUGUCACAUGUAGGGGUUGUUUCCAUCUUCUUUAAUCGGAUUGAAUCAUCUUGUUUCUUUAAUUUUUGUUAAAACCGGUCAUGGUUUCCGGUUUCGCAUGUUAUUGUAUCAAAAUAGGAAACCCAUGUAUCGGUUCAA